UUGUGCGACGGCACAGUUAUGUGUAAACAGCUCCCUCUGAGACAACCAAUGCAAGUGUUCUCCGUGCCUCAAAAGAACGGUAAUGGCGACGGCGCAGCGCUCAAUUCACUAAUAUAUAUACGAAGUGAACAAGUUCUAAAUCAUGAUCAGAACACAGCUUCCCAAGCCACAUUCAUUCACAAUACAAUCCACAUUCUUUUAUAUCCAUUCUCUUCUCAAACUGUUGACCAGAGUAACAUUCUUCUUUAUUUCCAUCAAUCAAUAUGAAGACCUCAAUUCUCGUCAUUCUUGCCCCUCUCCUGGCUUCCGCCGCCGUGUUGCCCAGUUCCCCCGAGGUCAGCACUGUCGUUGCCCGAGACUUCAAGGAGCCCGUAGUCCAGUGCGGCAGCGGUCCCGAACUAAACAAGGAAGAUCUCGCUACCGUGGCAAAGAUGUUUGCCAAUCGAUACAGAACGGGCGAGGGUUUCAACUACUUCAAAUUCACGCUUGACAAGGGCUAUGACACAUACAAAGAUACAAAGGCGUAUAUUUGCAACUACGGAAAAAAGAUUUCCGACAAAGAGUGGGAGGAAAUCGUUAUUUCCGAUGAAAAAGUCAACGCCUGGAUGGGCUUGAUUGAUGGAAAGUGUGGCGCGGGGAAGCCUGGUUGGAUCGAUGCCGACGUUACCCAAGGUAACUUCGGACGCGGAAGCAAGAACGAUCCUAUGUGCUAG